UUGAAGACCAAUUGGCAAGCACCCUAAGGGCAUGCGGUUCAGAACCGCUUCCCAUUAGGGGGUUUGAACUGCUUGUCAUUACGUUUUUUCAACUAGUGGUUAGGGGUUACUAGGUCGGUUAGGUGUUAUUACUAGGGGUUACUAGGUCGGUUAGGGGUUACUUGGGGUUACUAGGUCAGGGGUUACUAGGUCAGUCAAGAGUUACUUGGUCAAGGGUUACUUUUAUCUUGGGGUUACUUUGUCAUUUGCUGAUUUAGCACCCUGCCGCAUGGUGCGGCCAGCCGCACCAGAAACGCACUGCAAGCUAAUUGGCUUGAGAAUAGAGAAAAAUAAAGCUAAAGAGUAAAACACUAAGGUUCUUCUCUCUAUCUUAUUUUUGUCGAAUUAAAUUUUUUUUUUUAUUAAAAUAUCUAAAUUAUUUUUGCUAAAUUUUAUUAUUUUAAUUAUUUUAAUUUUUUUUUAAUAUUUACUAAUUUUUUUAUACUCGUCUAUUACACUAAAAUUAACUUAUACAUUCAUUUGUGACAAAACUUAAAAUUGAAACUUUGAAACCAAUAACAUUCAAAGGGAUGCUAACUUUUAUACUCCGUACUAAUCUUAUUCACUAGCCGAUAACACAUGUACUUUCUCCUAAUCAAAUCCUAUUAAGAUGAAUAGAUGAUGUCCAAAACACCUUACCUGAAAUAAAAUAAAAUAAAAUAAAAUUUCUAAGAAAAACACCUUAUCAGUAACUAGCCCUGGUUAUUGGACAGGGUAGUCCAAUGGGCACCAGGGUCGGGAGGGCUAUGACCCUCUAAUUAUCUAAAUGGACAGGGCUCGUGUAGGGCCUCUCCUAAAAGGGUCAUUAAUGGGCUCUUAUGAACAACCCUAUAAAAAUGAAAAUAGAUAUAGGGUCAUUAAAAAGGCCACCUAAAUACAUUAAACCCUAAGUUCUUCAAUGCAAAAUUAUUGCGAUUUCUAUAUUAUUGCACAACUGAUUUCGAGAUUUCGAUUAAUACUGAGCUAAGCUUUGAAGAACACCGAAUGGAAAAUGGCUUCAGAUUAUGAAAUUAUCCCUCUUUUAUCCCCCUAUCAAAUGGGUAACUUCCAUCUUUCUCUCAGGGUUGUAUUAGCCCCAUUGUCAAGAAUGAGAUAAUAUGGAAAUAUUCCUCAACCACAAGCAAUUCUAUAUUAUUCUCAAAGGACUACAAAUGGAGGUUUGCUCAUAUCCGAAGCAACUGUAAUUUCUGAAACUGCUCGAGGGUACAAAAACACACCUGGUAUAUGGACAAGGGAGCAAAUCGAAGCAUGGAAACCUAUUGUUGAUGCUGUGCAUGCCAAAGGUGGCAUAUUUUUCUGUCAGUUAUGGCAUGUUGGACGAGUGUCGAAUGAAAGUUUCCAACCAAAUGGACAAUCUCCUAUCUCUAGCACUGAUAAACCCUUAACACCACAAGAUCAACCUACGGGUAUAAAUAAUGUACAUUAUUAUUCAACACCAAGGCGGCUAACAACAGAAGAGAUACCUUCAGUUGUGAACGAAUUUAGACUAGCUGCUAGGAAUGCCAUAGAAGCUGGCUUUGAUGGUGUUGAAAUACAUGGAGCUCAUGGUUAUCUCAUUGAUCAGUUUAUGAAAGACCAAGUUAAUAACCGAAUUGACAAUUAUGGUGGAUCUCUACAGAAUCGUUGUAGAUUCGCUCUAGAAGUAGUUGAAGCAGUUACAAAAGAGAUUGGUGCAGAUAGGGUUGGGAUUAGAAUCUCUCCCUUUGCAAAUUAUAAUGAAUCAGGAGACUCAAAUCCUGAGGCUUUAGGCCUUCAUUUGGCUAAUUGCCUCAAUAAGUGUGGAAUUCUCUUUUGCCAUGUGGUUGAACCUAGGAUGAUUACUGCGUGGGAGAAAGAGGAUUGUUCUCAAAGUUUAUUACCAAUUAGAAAAGCUUUCACUGGUACUUUCAUUUCUGCUGGAGGAUACGAUAGAGAAGACGGAAACAAGGUUGUGAUGAAGGGUUCCACUGAUCUUGUAGCUUAUGGUCGCUUGUUUUUAGCUAAUCCAGAUUUGCCUAAAAGAUUUAAGCUUAAUGCACCACUAAAUCAGUAUAAUAGAGAUACAUUCUAUACUUCUGAUCCUAUUGUUGGCUAUACCGAUUAUCCAUUUCUCGAAGACAUGAUAUAACUUAAAAGAGAUGUUGAAGUUUGAACUCUUUCAAUAAUAGUUGGACUAUAAGUAUUACAGAAAAAUAGCAGACUCUGGUUUAAUUAAUUUUGUACUCCCUCUGUCCUUAAAUUACAUUCCUACUUUCCUCUAUUAUGUGAGGAAUAAAUGCUAGGAAUAGAAAUGUAAUUUAGGGACGGAGGGAGCGCCUUUAUAGCAUUUGCUUGUGUAAGCAAAAAAUAAAAGGUCAAAUUAAUAGUUUUGACUAUGUAUUACUACCUCUAUUUUUUUUUAGUUGACAUGUUUUGACUUUGUGCACUAUUCACAUAAUUUAGUUUGACUUUGUUUUGUGAUUUAGUAAUAGAUAAAAAUAUUGUCAUAUGGGGUCUUGUUAGCUUCGUAUCAACGUCUAGUUUCUGAAUAUUAAAAUUUUAUAUUUUUUUCUAAUACGUAAUCACAGAUAUUCACAUUUGAAAGUAUAUGUUGGCAAAACGUGUCUAAAUGAAAUGUGUGAACUAAUAAAAAACAGAGAAAUUAUAUGACAUUUUGUUUCUCUCUCCUCCUUCCUCUCGACACUUUGUUUCUCUCUCCUUCUUCCUCUCUUCUAUACCCUAGCCUCCAUUGUCAAUUUUUGAAGGGGCUUUAUCAUUUUAAGUUAAUUAGUUGAAAGUCCUUUCUUCUUCUUAUUUUUUUUUUAAUGUUUAUAAUAAUAAUCCUUCUUAUGAGAGAAACUUUUCUCCCUCGAAAGAAAAGAUUUCGAUCUCCUUCGAAAGAUAAGAGUUUAAAAUAUACUUUGUCUUAUGAAGGA